CAUGCUUUUGCUGCAUUUCUUUUUAUCUCAUUAGUAUCAUUAAGAAUUAGGUUUAUAGAUUUUGCUAAAUGUAAAUUCACUCCAUGAAAAUGGCCCCAUAUUUGAAAUCCUUCGUUAUUUUUUCAUCUGUUUUUGUUAUGUUCUUAGCAAUCUCUUUUAGUUUUAGCAGAACAAAUUACUACAAAAUCCUUCUCCUGAAAUCAAGUCUCGCUUCUUACGAUUACCAAACUUUUUUCCAAUCAUUUUUGGCAUUUGUGCAAAAAACCCCAAAACCCAACAAUUCCCGAUGGUUAAAUCCCAUUUCGAGUCCCUCUAAUUGUGUUCUAUGGAUGGCUCCAUUCCUUUCUGGUGGUGGGUAUAGUUCAGAAGCAUGGUCUUAUGUUUUAUCACUCAAUGGAUACAUGAAAAAUCUCGAAAACCCGAGCUUCAAAUUGGGUAUUUAUCAGCAUGGAGACUUGGAGUCCCUAGAGUUUUGGGAGGGGUUGCCCCAAGAUGUAAGGGAUUUGGCAAAUGAGCUGCACCAAACUGGAUGUAGGAAAGAUGAGACCAUUGUGGUUUGCCAUAGUGAGCCUGGUGCUUGGUAUCCCCCAUUGUUUGAUACCCUUCCUUGCCCUCCAACCAGUUAUCGUGAUUUCAAGUACGUUAUUGGUAGGACGAUGUUUGAGACGGAUAGAUUGAAUUCGGAACAUGUAAGGCGGUGUAAUAGAAUGGAUUCGGUUUGGGUUCCUACUGAGUUUCAUGUGUCUACAUUUGUGCAAAGUGGGGUUGAUCAAUCUAAGGUUGUGAAAGUUGUGCAGCCUAUUGAUGUGAGGUUCUUUGAUCCGUCGAAGUAUGAACCGUUGGAUAUUGCUGCCGUAGGGAAUCUGGUUUUAGGUGCCGAAAAACCCGAUUCGAGUCCUCAAAAGGAGUUUGUGUUCUUGAGUGUCUUUAAAUGGGAGUUUAGGAAAGGAUGGGACGUGUUGCUCAAAGCGUACUUGAAAGAAUUCUCCAAGGAUGAUGGGGUGGCUUUGUACUUAUUGACUAAUCCUUAUCAUUCUGGUCGUGAUUUCGACAACAAGAUUGUCGAGUUUGUGGAAGAUUCCAAUAUCGAAAAGCCGGUUAGCGGGUGGGCUCCAGUGUAUGUCAUUGAUACUCAUAUAGCUCAAACCGAUUUGCCCCGACUAUACAAGGCCGCUGAUGCGUUUGUUCUUUCAUCAAGGGGUGAAGGCUGGGGAAGGCCUAUUGUCGAAGCGAUGGCGAUGUCGUUGCCAGUAAUAACAACUAAUUGGUCAGGGCCUACCGAGUAUAUCACGGCAGAGAAUAGUUAUCCGUUGCCGGUGGAAAGAAUGAGUGAGGUAACAGAAGGACCGUUUAAAGGGCACUUGUGGGCUGAACCGUCAGUUACGGAGCUUGGAGCACUUAUGAGGCAAGUGAUCAGUAAUGUGGAGGAGGCCAGGGCGAAAGGUAGGCGAGCAAGGAAGGACAUGGUCACUAGUUUUUCGCCGGAAAUCGUUGCAGAGAUUAUCAGAGGUCAUAUACAGAACAUACUUGACAAAUAACAAGGUACUGUAUAAUCACUAACUAGUGAUUUUGCAUGAGUUUACAUGUGUUGAACAAUUAGGCUAUAAAAUUAGAACCUUUAUUCCGCCGGCGAUCUUAUCCAGCGAAAUCGGUUCAUUUGAGAGCUGUUCAUCUUCGUAUUGUGACAUUUCGACAUUCCUUUGUUAAUGCAAACACGGAAGAACGAAGAAUUUUGUCACUUGAAAGAGGA